AAGGAGCAUUAGACUGAAAUAAGCCUUUUUUCACUGGGCUUCACAGCCUGAGAUAUCACAGGUGUUAGGACUCCCACCGGAAGCAAGUGGUCAUCGAUGGGGAGAUGUGCCUGCUGGGCAUGCUGGACACGGUGGGCCGGGAGGAGUACAGCGCUAUGCGGGCCCAGUACACGUGCACCCGGGAGGGCUUCUUCUGUUUGCCGUCAACGACGCCAAGUCCUUCAAGGGCCAGAUCCUUCGAGGACAUCCACCAGUACAGGGAGCAGAUUGAGUGGUUGAAGGACUCGGACGACAUGCCCAGGGUGCUGUUGAGGAACAAGUGUGACCUGGCCACGUGUACCGUGGAGUGUUGGCAGGCCCAGGACCUGGCCCGCAGCUAUGGCAUCCCCUACAUGGAGACUUCGGCCAAGAAGGGCCAGGGCAUGGAAGAUGCCAUCUACAAGCUGGAGCACAAGAACCGGCAGCACAAGGCGAGCAAGCUGGGCCCGCCCGCCCCACAGGGGUGGCCUGGGCUGCCUGAGCUGCAGGGCCUGCUCUCCCAACUGAGGCACAGGCGACAGGCGUGGAAGAGGCACCCGCAGGGAGGAUGCAGGGAAGGAAGCUCCGGCCCGCCCAGAUCCACGAAUAUCACCUGGAACCACUGUGAAGAUGGAAUAUGCAAAAUCGCCAGAGAGGAUGCCAGAAAAACCUUCCCAGUAUAAUAAGGUCCAUCCAGAUUGGUUCAAGAUGGCAGAGUAGAAGGACGUGCUCUCACUCCCUCUUGUGAGAACACUGGAAUCACAACUAACUGCUGAACAAUCAUCGACAGGAAGACACUAGAACUCACCAAAAAAGAAACCCCACAUCCAAAGACAAAGGAGAAGCCACAAUGAGACGGCAGGAGGGGCGCAAUCACAAUAAAAUCAUAUUCCAUAACUGCUGGGUGGGUGACCCACAAACUGGAGAACACAGAAGUCCACCCACUGGAGUGAAGGUUCUGAGCCCCACGUCAGGCUUCCAAACCUGGGCGUCCAGCAACGGGAGGAGGAAUUCCUAGAGAAGCAGACUUUGAAGGCUAGCGGGAUUUGAUUGCAGGACUUCUACAGGACUGGGGGAAACAGACUCCGCUCUUGGAGGGCACACACAAAGUAGUGUGCGCAUCGGGACCCAGGGGAAGGAGCAGUGACCCCACGGGAGACUGAACCAGACCUACCUGCUAGUGUUGGAGGGUCUCCUGCAGAGGUGCGGGGUGGCUGUGUCUCACCGUGAGGACAAGGACACUGGCAGCAGAAGUUCUGGGAAGUACACCUUGGCGUGAGCCCUCCCAGGGUCUGUCAUUAGCCCCACCAAAGAGCCCCGGUAGGCUCCAGUGUGGGGUCGCCUCAGGCCAAACAACCAACAGGGAGGGGACCCAGCCCCACCCAUCAGCAGACAAGCAGUUUAAAGUUUUACUGAGCUCUGCCCACCAGAGCAACAGCCAGCUCUACCCACCACCAGUCCCUCCCAUCAGGAAACAUCCACAAGCCUCUUAGAUAACCUCAUCCACCAGAGGGCAGACAGCAGAAGCAAGAAGAACUACAGUCCUUCAGCCUGUGGAACAAAAACCACAUUCACAGAAAGAUAGACAAGAUGAGAAGGCAGAGGGCUAUGUAUCAGAUGAAGGAACAAGAUAAAACCCCAGAUAAACGAUGAAAUUAAGUGAAGAUAGGCAACCUUCCAGAAAAAGAAUUCAGAAUAAUGAUAGUGAAGAUGAUCCAGGACCUCAGAAAACGAAUGGAGGCAAAGAUCGAGAAGAUGCAAGAAAUGUUUAACAAAGACCUAGAAGAAUUAAAGAACAAACAAACAGAGAUGAACAAUACAAUGAUUGAAAUGAAAAAUACACUAGAAGGAAUCAAUAGCAGAAUAACUGAGGCAGAAGAACGGAUAAGUGACCUGGAAGACAGAAUGGUGGAAUUCACUGCUGCGGAACAGAAUAAAGAAAAAAGAAUGAAAAGUAAUGAAGACAGCCUAAGAGACCUCUGGGACAACAUUAAACACAACAACAUUCACAUUAUAGGGGUCCCAGAAGGAGAAGAGAGAGAGAGAGGACCCGAGAAAAUAUUUGAAGAGAUUAUACUCGAAAACUUCCCUAACAUGGGAAAGGAAAUAGCCACCCAAGUCCAGGAAGUGCAGAGAGUCCCAUACAGGAGAAACCCAAGGAGAAACACACCGAGACACAUAGUAAUCAAACUGGCAAAAAUUAAAGACAAAGAAAAAUUAUUGAAAGCAGUAAGGGAAAAAUGACAAAUAACAUACAAGGGAACUCCCGUAAGGUUAACAGCUGAUUUCUCAGCAGAAACUCUACAAGCCAGAAGGGAGUGGCAUGAUAUACUUAAAGUGAUGAAAGGGAAAAACCAAGAUUACUCUACCCAGCAAGGAUCUCAUUCAGAUUCAAUGGAGAAAUCAAAAGCUUUACAGACAAGCAAAAGCUAAGAGAAUUCAGCACCACCAAACCAGCUCUACAACAAAUGCUAAAGGAACUUCUCUAAGUGGGAAACACAAGAGAAGAAAAGGACCUACAAAAACAAAACUAAAACAAUUAAGAAAAUGGUAAUAGGAAUACACAUAUCGAUAAUUACCUUAAACAUGAAUGGAUUAAAUGCUCCAACUGAAAGACACAGGCUUGUUGAAUGGAUACAAAAACAAGACCCAUAUAUAUGCUGUCUAAAAGAGACCCACUUCAGACCUAGGGACACAUAGAGACUGAAAGUGAGGGGAUGGAAAAAGAUAUUCCAUGCAAAUGGAAAUCAAAAGAAAGCUGGAAUAGCAAUACUCAUAUCAGGUAAAAUAGACUUUAAAAUAAAGACUAUUACAAGAGACAAGGAAGGACACUACAUAAUGAUCAAGGGAUCAAUCCAAGAAGAAGAUAUAACAAUUAUAAAUAUAUAUGCACCCAACAUAGGAACACGUCAAUACAUAAGGCAACUGCUAACAGCUAUAAAAGAGGAAAUCGACAGUGACACAAUAAUAGUGGGGGACUUUAACACCUCACUUACACCAAUGGACAGAUCAUCCAAACAGAAAAUUCAUAAGGAAACACAAGCUUUAAAUGACACAAUAGACCAGAUAGAUUUAAUUGAUAUGUAUAGGACAUUCCAUCCAAAAACAGCAGAUUACACUUUCUUCUCAAGUGUGCAUGGGACCUUCUCCAGGACAGAUCACAUCUUGGGUCACAAAUCAAGCCUCAGUAAAUUUAAGAAAACUGAAAUCAUAUCAAGCAUCUUUUCUGACCACAACGCUAUGAGAUUAGAAAUCUAUUACAGGGGAAAAAACCGUAAAAAACACAAACACACGGAGGCUAAACAAUAUGUUACUAAAUAACCAAGCGAUCACUGAAGAAAUCAAAGAGGAAAUCAAAAAAUACCUAGAGACAAAUGACAAUGAAAACACGACGAUCCAAAACCUAUGGGAUCACAAUCUGAACCUAAUCAAGAGGAAACAUCCAGUGAAGUCAAAGUGAGGGACAGAUUACAAAGUAGCUGGUUUGUAAUUUUCUAAAGUGUCAGGGCGGUCAGGGAAGACUGAGAAUCUGUUCCGGACUGAAGGAGGCUGGGGACAGCACAACCAAACCUGUGAUUCUGGACUUAAUUUUUUUUGUUAUAAAGGAUAUUGUGGGGAAAAUGCGUAAAAUGUAAAAGGAGCCUGAGAAUUAAAAUGGUAGCAUCACG